UGCCUGUGGAGGCUUCAUAGAUGGGGGGACGCUCUGCUCCGGCGGCUCUGGCCUGCAGCUGACUUGGCCGAGGGGGGUCUCCCUCCUGAGCCGCUUGCAGCCGUCCAGCCCGGUGAGUCUGGCCCGUGUCCCCAGCUCCGCUCUAAUUGUGCCGAUAAGAUGCUCCGUCACUUAUUCGUCGGCUGGGCCCGGCGUGCUGUGCUCUCAGUGCCGCGGCGGCUGCGCGUUGCUGGGCUCUCCGCCAGCUCCGGCGCUGGUCUCCACGUGCUCCAAGUAUCUACCUGCGCCCAGCUUUAUUACCUCUGUGCCUCCGGGGCUCAGUAGUCAUGGCAAUAGCAGAGGCGCUGGCGUGGCGAUGGGUCUCCAGGGCGUGCAUGCGACAGUGCUGGCGUGCACACGGUGCCUGGGGCUGCAGUGCAGGGGGGCAGCACGGCAUGGCAGCCGCCGCAUGGCUCGUGCACAGACUGCUGGCGUCUGGCAUCCGCCUGGCUAGGUGGAGGGAGGGCCGGGGGGGGAUGAAAUCCUCUGGUCCUGCAGGCCCCAUCGUGAAAGAAAGGCCUUCAAUAGAAGGAUGCUGAGUGCAGACAGGCGUGGGUCUCUGGUGCCGGAGGCAUCCUGGGCUCUCUACAUGCCAGAUGUGCAUCGGUGACUGGCCCUGGGCUCUGCCACUGACCUGCUGUAGGACCUUGGGCAAGUCACUUCUUGCUGGGCCUUCCCUGCGCUGACCCUUUGCUUAGCCUGUCAGAGUUUGGGGCAGGGUGAUCUCACUAUAGAUGUGUGCACGCCUUGCAUGCCCGUGCUCCUGUCUCCUUUGUGGCCACAUGGUGCUAGCAUCUGCUAACUACUACUGUGGUUGGAGCACCUGCCUGGUUUCUAUUGAUGUGGCUCCCCUGCCAUCCCAAGCUGCAUUUCCCCCCCAUGCAGGGGAAUGCCCCAUGCUUGGCUCGUGGCCUGGCUUUGGCUUUGUUUCAUCAUGGAGGCAUUGCACGUCAUGGACACGUGGCCCAUCACGGACACAUCGUGUGUCCCAUCACGGACACAUCGUGUGUCCCAUCGUGGACGCAUCGCACGUCAUGGACAUGUGUCCCAUCACGGACACAUCGUGUGUCCCAUCGUGGACGCAUCGCACGUCAUGGACAUGUAUCCCAUCACGGACACAUUGCGUGUCCCAUCGUGGACACAUUGCACGUCAUGGACAUGUGUCCCAUCACGGACGCAUCGCACAAGGGGCUUGCAGGAGCAAAGGGCAAGGUGCCCAUCUCAUGUUCGUGUUCCCUUUGAUCCGCACUCCCCAUUUCCGGAGGCUCUCCCGAGUGCUUCAGACACCUGGAGUCCUGCUGCACUUCUCCUGGGGCUCGUUUGGGGAUGAAGGGGAUGAGGGAGGUCAAACCCUGGUGGCUUUGCUGGUUUUCACCUGCCCUGGGGCAGGGACAAACCCACCAGGGCCUCACUGGGAACGCUGGCUAAGUCAGCCCUGAAAUGACCCCCUAAAACCUGCACCCGCACCUCGUGCCUUGGGCCAAGCUGCAUGGCUCUGUGCCCUCGUGAACAGCCUCUCGCUGGGGGUGCUCCGGGCUCCUGGCAUCCAGGCUGCAGGGUGCAGGGGCAAAGAUGGAUCUGGGGCCCUUGCUGCCACGUGGCGUGGCUCUGAGCGAGCUGGCACGUGGCAGGGGCUCAGCAAAGCCCCAGACGCCAAGCGAGCACAUGGGCGUUCGCUCUCAUGAACCCUGCCCUGCCACAGCUGGGUCGCUGUGCUAGCUGCUUUCAGAAGGGGCUGCCGCGUCCCUGUGCUGUGGCACCUGCAGUUCAGAUGUGUCCUCGGGCCUUGACCGUGCAACGGAGAGCUGGGCGCAGCGCCUGGCUCGGACGAUGCCAGCCUGGCCCUCGAGGCUCCAGCGGUGCCUCGAGGGGGCUCCCAGCCACGCUAAUGGCCUGGGCCAGGCGCUAUUCCCCUGGCACGUGGCGUCCGGCUCGGCGGCAGCCAUGCAGGCUGGUGGCUGAGUGGGAAGCUGGAAAGUUUAAACUUACGGCUCCCUAGAGAAGGGCCAGAGGGUCACGCAGUGCUCGGGGCACCCCAAACAGCCGGGCCCCUGCCCCCCAACACGCUGUGCAUAGCCCAGCCCACGAAUCCAGCUGUUAGCACCUUUGCUGCUGAACCGUGCAAUGGGGCAAAUGUGAUGUCUUUUAUUAGACCAAUUAAAUAGUUGGAAAAAUUGUUCUUUGCAAGCUUUCGGGCGCAAACCCCCUUCUUCAGGCUGAGGGAGAGUCUUCUUUAGACCCUCUGGCUUCAGAGCAGGGGCUGGAGCCCAUGUCUCCGUUCUCUGGUGCUGGCAUCCAGCAAACAGCCUUGCCCGGCGAGCUUGGCACAGCUCUGCUUGAGGAGCCCUACGGCCUCGGGGUUUGGGAAGCAGCUGCUCAGAGGGCUCCCUCCCUCCCUCCCUCCCUCCCUCCCAGGGGUACGUUGCAUCCCUCUUUUACUCCGAUGCCGGUGAACCCCAGUCGGGGCACGCGGGUACAGUGAUGCCUGCAUCCCGCUGUGUCUGCGGCCCUUGCAGCGCAGCCUCUGGGCCCAGCCAAGUGGAUUCAGAAAUGAUCCCCAGGGCUGGAGCCUGGGGGUGUGUUGUGGGGGUCUCUCCUGUAGCGUGGUGUCCGAGCCGUCUGACUGCGUGAUGCAUGGCACAGGGCAGGGAGCAGAAAGCAGAGCAGCAUGUCAAGCAGGGAGCAGAAAGCAGAGCCCAGGGAAGGGAUUGUGGCAGGACUCGGAGGAAGCGUAGGGCUAAUUCGUGGCACAUGGGGUGCCCCUCUCAAGCGGUCUACAUUCGUGCUGUCCUCAUUCAUGUUGGCCUCUCCCUGGCAGGGGCUGCCUGUCCAUCAUCCCCCCACCGCGAAGUGCCUGGCACAGGGACAUGGGUGCUGUGGGUCCCAACCAGGGGAAGACAGGGGUCUCCCGCUCCAGCUGCACCCACUCCCUGUCUUCGAGAGCAGGGUGCAUCUCCCACCUGUAGCUCGAUGCACGGCUGCGGCAGGCGAGAGCAGUGACGACUGUGCAGAACGUGUCAGUCCCUCGCUGCUCUCUGAGGAGCGACUUGUGCUUCGAGGUGAAGUGCGUUACCUGAGCCGAGCGAGCCGCCAGCCUAGCAGGGGAAGUCUCUGUUGUUCGGAGCUCACAUCGCUCUUGCUGAUCUUGCUUGUUACUGGCUGCCCGUGCUCCACGCAGCGCGGUCGAGCUCUGCAAGCGGCUCCGUUCAGCAGCCAGACGCACCAGGCACCGGGCAGGAGGGGAGCGGCACCGGGGCUGCUGAGGCCGGCUUUGCAGGUACUGCUCCUUUCUUUCUUUUCUUAGCAGGUGAGGACUUUCUCUCCGCUGUUGGCGAGGGCUUCUCCUGCGUGGCGCCGGGCCUGGGAGCUGCUUGACCCUGUCUUGGUGUGUCUUGUGCCUGUUGCUGAGCGUGACAUACAUCCCACGUCACCCACGAGAACGGCAACAUGCAUCCUGUGUCGUCACCCAUGAGACCUGUGACAUGCACCCUAUGUCAGUACCAUGCAUCCCAUGCCACUACCCAUGAGAACGGCAGCAUGCAUCCUGUGUCAUUGCCUAUGAGAACUGUGACAUGGCAUCCCAUGCGACAUGCAUCCCGUGUCAUCACCCAUGCAAACCAUAACAUGCAUCCCAUUUCACCACCUGUGAGAACGGUGACAUACAUCCCGUGUCACCACUCGGAAGAACCGUGACAUGCAUCCCAUGUCAUCAUCCAUGAGACCUGCGACAUGCAUCUCGUGUCAUCACUCGAGACCUGCGACAUGCAUCCUGUAUCAUCACCCAUGAGACCCGCGAUAUGCAUCCUGUCACUCAUUACUCGUGAGAACCAGGACAUGCAUCCCAUGUCAUCAUCCAUGCAAACUGACAUGCAUCCUGUGUCAUCACCCAUGGGAACCAGGACAUGCAUGCCACUCAGUGCACCACAGCCUGCGAUCACAGUUCAGCACGACAUGGCCCGUGCAGUGAUGUGUGGUCUGGUUAGGCGACGAUGACCUACGCCCCAUGCACACACCGAUGCUACUCCCCACCCUGCAGCCUGCUCCGUACCAAAUACUUCCUGACCAUUGCAUGACAAGCCGUUUUGGUUAUUCCUAUUUUUUUAAAUGAAAGCAUCGCUUUGUGCGGAGAGACCUGCACGCGAGAGACUGCGGUGCAAUGAGUUUGUUGUGGCUUUUGGUUUCCCCGUCAGUCGUUGUUCCUCUCCUUCUCCCUCUGUGAGCAUUUUGUGAGCUCUGCCGUGCAUGACUAUCUGUGCUACGCGGCAGAAUAGCGAGUUAUAAUCACCGGGAAUGAUGUUUAGGGCUAUCGGUGGGCUCAAAGCAGCUCAAUGAGCUGCAGAAGAAAGGCCGAGCACCCGGUUGCAGCAGUGCAUGGAGCUCUUGUUCGCUCCGCUGGGUUUUUAGAAAGUUGUUUUUCCUACGCUGGAUGCUCCAGUAACAGCCGCGGCAGCUGCUGCGUGUCCCAUGGAGAUGACCAUGCCCCAGAGCCGUGUCUCAGCAAGCUGGGGGAGGGCCUGGAUGAUCUCCCCGUGACAGUGGUGCUUGCAGCAGGUAACGUGUCUCCCUUUCGCUCUCUGCUUCUUUCUCUUCCCGGUCCCAUCUCCAGAUGCCGGUGUGGUGUGCCGGGGCAGGCUCCGGGCUAGCGUGCUGCUCUUUCACUUUACUUCUGUUACAGCGGGGCCCGAGGACGAGCUCGUUGCUUCCCACCAAGUGCAGCAGCUGCCGCAUGACAGACCGAGACCACCCAGCCCCAAAGACGGAGGGCCUAGGAGCGGGGGACAAGUCUCUCACGCAGACAGAAGCCGUGAUCCCGGGUCUCCUGCAUCCCAGGCACCGGCAAGAUGGAAGAGCGCAGCAGCGUCGUCCUCCCCGUCAUUUUUGGCAUCAUUUGCCUCGUGGGCACCGUAGGGAACUGCAUCGUGAUCUACACCAUCACCAGAAAGCCCAAGAGGAACCGCAACACGGCAGAUGUCUUCAUCGUGAGCCUCUCCAUCACCGAUCUCCUCUUCCUGCUGGGAAUGCCCUUCCUCAUCCACCAGCUCCUUGGGAAUGGCGUCUGGCUUUUCGGGGCUACCAUGUGCACCAUCAUCACAGCCUUAGAUGCCAACAGCCAGUUUGCUAGUACUUACAUCCUCACGGCCAUGUCCAUCGACCGCUACCUGGCCACGGUGCACCCCAUCCGCUCUGCCUACAUGCGUACCCCCUGCAUGGCUGCGGCGGUGAUCUUGCUGCUCUAUCUCCUGUCUCUGCUAACCAGCGUGCCGGUGUUCAUGUACAGCCAGCCCAUUGCCCUGCCCGGCAGCAAAGCGGGGUGCGGCAUCAUCUUGCCUAACCUCUCGGUGGAUAUCUACUGGUACACGCUGUAUCAGUUCUUCCUGGCGUUCAUCUUUCCUCUCUUGGUCAUCUGUAUCGUGUACCUGAAGAUACAGAAGCACAUUUCAUGUGUGGUGUUACCACUGCCCCAGAGGGACUUCAGGGCCAGGACUAAGAAAAUCACGCGGAUCGCGGUGACCAUCUGCUCCGCGUUUUUUGUGUGCUGGGCACCCUAUUAUAUACUGCAGCUGGUUCAUCUCAAAGUCACCCAGCCCACCACUGCCUUUCUCUACGCCUACAACGUCGCCAUCAGUCUCGGUUAUGCAAGCAGCUGCAUCAACCCAUUCAUCUACAUCGUGCUGAGUGACACUUUCCAAAGAAACCUGGUCAAGGCCAUUUGCCCCGGGCGCCCGGUCAGGAGAGGCAAGAGGCGCUCCGCCGGGAAAGUCAGUCCCUCCGUGAAACUAAAUUCGGGGCCACAUCAGGAGACCUCGCUGAGCUUGACGUACUCUCACAAUACUGACAACUAUCUCACGGUCUCGGUUCCUUAAAGCGGCCGGGCUUAAACUCAGCAAAACCGCGAUCAAGCUGCAGAGAGCACACUGCAAGAUUGUAGGCCUUUUUGCGGGGGAGAAGUAUGGUGGUGACUGGCUCACGCGGGACACAACUAGGGGUACGAGGGUGAAUUUAAGAACGAGACUACUUAGGCUGAAGAGUUCCUACCAGCGAGGAGCUUCAAGACGGUGGGAGAUUUUAAUAAGGAAUGCGGUGGAAGCCCCAUCCAUCGCCUGAACUUCUGCCACUUGCACUUGAUUUGACUGAGCAUGCAUGGGUUCAUUGCCGGGAAGGCUGCUGCCCGGGAAGAGAACAUCUAAAUGACGACACAGCCCUUAUUUGCCUCUGAUUUCCAUCAUCUUGGUGGUAUUUUUUUGUGAACGGAAGCCGAAUAAUUCAGUUUAAGGAGAAUGUGUUCUUCUGAUGCUGCUCCCUUUGUUGGUGACGACGUAGGUGUUAUAAAUGUCACUGUUUUGGAUGGGCACAAGCAUUUGGCUUAAGGUCAACUAUCUGGCUGGCUGGAAGAGAUUUCCCUAUAAUAAAAUAGAUGCUUGGGGUUAUUGCCACAUAGGAAACCUUGUGGCAGGAGUGGGUAGGAAAAGGUUUGUGGGAAAAGGGAAAAUUAUCCAAUAAAUAAAGCCAGGGGGCUUGUUACAGGUCCCAGGGGUAUGCAGAGCAGGAAAGUAUGCCAGAGGGCUUCUAAAUUAGGGCUAUAUAUAAUACGAAUCCUUUCAAUGGCAGUAGGUUUGCAGUAGAUGCAAACCUGAGAGCAGCAAGGUUUCUCGGAAGCUACCACUACCUUCGUUAUUAAGGAUUUGGUUUCUAGGGCUCGAUCGGUCACCCUCCUCCCUGCUGGGUGUGACAGCGUGGUCCUCUCCUCGCUGCGUUAUCACCGCAGCCGUGCAGGGGGUACGCACGUAGGUUUGCUCCCCUUUUUUGUAAGGGAAUAUGGCUGUACCCUUGUCGCCGCGCUCGACUUCCUCAAGACUUCUCUGCUGUUGCAGCGGCAGGGCCUUGGGAUACCCAGGUCUGUUCUGCUUUUUUAUGUGGGCAACACCACCGAGUGUUUGAAUUUUGUUUUCACGCAUGUCUUGUGGAGCACAUGCACGGGUACGCGAACGGAAACAGGAGAUUUUUUUUUGAUAGACAACUGCCUGAAAAGGCAGGGGACUCUUGCUUUAGGUCUGCUAUAGGUGUACACACAGCUGCACUUGCUUUCCGUUCGUGUGGAGGCAAGAGCAAGCCCUUCCCUGGAAAACGGAUGUGCUGAUUAUGUACCUCAACAGUGACCCUUCGUGGCAGAUGAAGGCGUGACAGCGGCAGCCUGCUGGCAAAUCGUCCAAGAACAGCACUGGUGUUUGCUGCUUGCCUAGCACGGGAAGCACAUGCGGUGUGGUGUAAUAGGUGAACCGUGCUAGACGGUGCUGGGAGAUGAUUGAAAUACGGACAUGCACAAUGAGCGUCCCGAAGGAAGUGGGACCAUCUUAAACAUGCCACCCAGGAUGCCCAGAGUCCCUGGUAGGGAAAAGGGACCCAGGUAACAGGCAAAAAUGUGGCCAGGUCAAACCCCUGUCCCUACGGUACCUGAUGAUCUUGCGAGGUCCCUUCCAGCCCCUUACUAUCUAUGAAUCUAUGGAUCCACAUGCUUUGUCUUGAAGGUUUUUGCAGCUGUUUUCUUUUAAAUAUCUGUGGAAUAAAGAUUAAAUCUAUUCCAGUUUAGAGCUCCUAAUGCCUGAGUGUUGCCAGCAUUGAGAGUUAUGUCAUUCAGUGACAUCCCAUUUAUAUAGGGUCUGUGGGGCCAAAUGGGGAAAGCGCUCUAUGCCCUGGAAAUGGAGGCACCCUGAAGAAGAACAGAAAAGACGGAGGAAGAAGAACCAACGAAUGCACAAACAGCCAACAUCAAACUACUGCGUUAGAGCGGGCAAGCAUCGUAUAAAGGCUUGUGUAUCAGCACCACACAAUAAAAGCUAUUUCUGCAUAAAAUCGCCGCACGUCUGCGAGAGUAAAGUUUAGGUUUUAAUCUUAGUUUUGUAGAUUUUUGUGCACGGGAUAACCGUCAUGCUGUUUUGCUCUCAUUUGAACUGAGGUUAAGUCAUCCCAGAGGAGUAAAAAUCUCCAGCGUGUUGCAUUUGAGCUGUUCCACGUUAUUUAACUCUGCUUUUCACGUACGUCAGAUCUCGUCUACUUCGGUAGUGGUUAUUACAGCCGUUAUUACCACGGUAACCAAAUCUCUCCCAAUUAUUCUUUACAAGAGGAAAAAAAAAAUCCCUCUCCUGUUGGCUGGGAUGAAAGCAAGAGUAGUCGGUGCCUGAACUAAUUAGUCACGGAGAAGGGGCAGUAUGGUGUAGCCAAAGCACCAGGUAGAACACGUUCAUUAAAUCAUACAGAGUGGAUGAAAAGGAAGAAAAAGACCAAGAAUUAAUAUAUGAAAAAGUAAUUUAUGGAGAACGCACUUUAUAAAACCAUUCAUUGGCCAUACAAAACAUACUAGGGAACAGAAAAAAAUUCCAAGAUGCUUUAUAUUAGCUUUGCAAACUAUAUUUCCAAAUAAAGUGUUCACGUGGACUGCUCUAUAGCAUGAGGAACUAGAGUACUACCAGCAGUGCUCUUUGUAUAAUACGUACGUACGCCGAAUGUCCGGUACUUUUUGUUUGUGCUGUUUUUUAAUGUGUCUGUGAUUUCCAUAGGGGACAGGGAUCACGUUAAAUCUGGUCUUCUAGCUUUUGAGACCAAACUUUGCAAAUCUGCAUGCCCAGAAUUUACUCAAACUGACUGAAUUAUCUCACAGUGGAUUUUACACACUCACCUCAGGUACAAAGGGCACAAGAUGAUCUUGGAUUAACACAUUUCCCUGAGACAGAAAAAGCAGCACAGAGGACACAAAGAGAAAUGUUUGUACUUGGUUUUUUCCACUCCAAAGGCAGAGAUCGCUAGUCCUGGCUUACAACAGGACUCACCGAAAAGCAUCAGGAGACGGCAUCAAGAGAAGCUCUGCAAAACGAAGGUCGUUUUCAGCGCCUUCAUACGGCAGACCCCUGAGCCCAGGGAGCAGUCACUGUGAUGAGCUGAACAAGCACUGCCCAACCCCAGGGAGAGAAUUAAGGAGCGGAGAAAAGCCUGCCUGUCAAAUUCAGUGCGGUUUGAUUAUUCUCUUUACCGUGCGGGCCAAGUACAGAAAGCCACGGUGUAAUUCCAGGGUAAACAAAUACACCUCCAUCAAAGCCCCUCUUCUGUCUGUUGAUCUUGCCCAGGCGGUAGAAUGAGGUAUUGCAGGGGCUGCAUCGGCAGAAGCCCGGGGCCAUCAUCCGAGAGUUAUUGCUUUGUAGAGCUGGGCCGACGGGAGAAAUGUCUUUGGCACAAGUGGACAGAGCGCAGACUCCAAAUGGACACGCGGGGAGAGAGAUGUGGCCUGACCGCUACCCCUGCGGCAUCUACUGCCCUUUGGGGUAGAGGAGUGCUCACUGCUUGUGGCUGUGCCCAUAUCCUGUGCGCUUGGACUGUAUUUGCCUUUUCCCAGAUCCUCACCCUCGCUGCACGUAAAUGAGAUUGAAGAGCUUGCAGCAAGGACACGCUGAACACAGUGAAUUAUUCCCCCCCCCGGAAAAUGAAACACUUAGAAUUUCCUUUGGGCUUGAUUGGGGAAAAAAAAUCUGGAAAUGGGAAAGCAAUGUAAAAAAAUCUGGAAAUGGGAAAGCAGUGUGUGCGUGUGUGCGUGCGUGCCCAGUACUUGUUUUAAAAGCAAAAGCCAAAUUGCUCUUGCUGAUAAUUUUGGGAGGAUUUACUUUUACAGUUUAUUCAAUAUCUUAGUCACAGGCAACUUCUAAAGCACUGAAAUGGGAUUAUAAUGGAAACCUGCAAUAGCUGCACAAACAAGAAACACUGCCGUGGUAGAGGAAAGAGCGUAAGUGUUUCAUUAAACAUUCUCAGGCUCCCUUUCUUUUGAAGGUAUUUCAAUCUGGAUUUCAUACGACUAUUAUAAAAGCAUUAGUAAAUGGCUUUGGGUUCGUGCUAAUGUUCUGAGUAUGAGGAAACCAUUUAACAAUGUAAAAACAUGCAUUUCUGUAAGUAAAUAAAAAUGUACAAAAGGUU